AUGUCUAAAGUGUCUCUCAACAAUAUUCCUUCAAAUCCUCGUAUCAAUCGUUUGCGAACAUUUUCAAGGACUGAAAGUGAAGCUUCCUGUGAAGAAGCAGCGCGCUUAACCGCAGAAGGUGCAGACGCAGAUGACGAUGACGCCUACGAGUAUGAACUGCCACCUCCACCCGAUGGUGGCUAUGGCUGGGUGGUGGUGUUCGCCUCUUUUAUGUGUAAUCUGAUAGUGGACGGCAUAGCUUAUACCUUCGGUAUAUUUUUACCAGAAUUGGUUACGUAUUUUGGAGAAGGCAAAGGAACUGUUGCCUGGGUUGGAAGUUUGCUGUCAGGAGUAUAUCUAGCAGCUGGUCCUGUGGUAUCCGCACUAUGUAACAAAUACGGCUGCCGAGCGGUAUGCAUCGCCGGUUCGUUAGUUGCAUCGGCAGCUUUUGUGCUUUCCACCUUCAGUAAAAGCGUCACUAUGAUGAUGAUUACGUAUGGGCUUAUUGGAGGUAUGGGUUUCGGAAUGAUCUACUUGCCGUCCGUGGUAGCUGUAGGGUACUACUUCGAAACCCGUCGGUCCCUAGCCACGGGUAUCGCAGUAUGUGGCUCUGGUGUCGGUACAUUCAGUUUCGCCCCUCUAGCCGCUAUACUGUUGAACGAAUUCGGUACAUGGCAGAAUGCAAAUCUUCUUCUUGCUGGAUUAAUUUUAAACUGUGCUGUCUUCGGAGCGUUAAUGAGACCGCUGGUGUAUCCCAAAACAUCGGGAGAAAAGCCAUUGCUUCAGCGUAUGGCUGAAGAGAAAAGGUUGCAAAUGGAAAGAGGUUCAAUAGGAGGUUCAUACUUUGUGGUGCAACUACCUGAUGGUACUAUGGAGAAAAGAAUGAAGGCACCCUUAAAUAUAGAUCCUGGAGUACAUUCAUCUCUUAAUUUGGAGGCUUUAGCCCGUGUACCAACAAUCCCCAACAUGCCAGGAGUACCCACCGUCCCCACAUUACCCACCAUUACUGAAGCCAGAAUAGACGAGAAUGGAGAAAAGAAAAAGCGCGAAAAUGGUUCAGCGAAUGCACAAGCGCAACAAAUAUCUCGCAACGUAUCUUCCCCGGCCUUCAGCGCACAAGCACCCGGUCUGCCCAAGAACGGAUCGGUCCCAUUCUUCGACCGCCAACGAAAACACAGUUCAGCAGAUAGGUCAGAAAAAUUAGAAAAAUCGGAAAAGUCCGAAAAGACUGAUAAGAGUAACGAUAGAUUUAAGCCGUCCUUAGCUGCUAUCAAGGCUUCGUCCAAAGCUUCAAUCAGCAGUCAUCGUAAUGAUAUUGAUGCAGAAAGUGGAGUAUAUAACUCAAAGCUAUCAGUCGCUGCGGCUCGAGAACCUUCUAGAAUAGUACGACCACUAUCCAGAAAAGACAUCUUCUAUUCCGGAUCUGUUAUAAACCUUCCCCAAUAUCAGAGUCAGAAAUCAUUGCAAGGCUAUAGGAACUCGGUGUUGAGUCUCCCUCAGAGCAGACAAGCUGGCGAAAUUGAAAGAACUGAACAGUACGAGCUAUGCCCGUGCCUGUCGCUGCCGAGCUCGUUCAAGUCGGCGCUGGCGUCGAUGCUGGACGUGAGCCUGCUGCGCGACCCCGCCUUCAUGCUCAUCGGCGUGUCCAACGUGUUCGGCAUGGCCGGCCUCUACGUGCCCUUCGUCUACAUCGUGGACGCGGCGCACCUCGCGGGCGUCGAGCAAUCCCAAGCGUCGUUCCUACUCUCCAUCAUCGGCAUCACGAACACGAUAGGGCGUAUCGCGUGCGGGUGGGUCGCAGACUUCCCUUGGAUGGAUUCGUUACUGCUCAACAACGUGUGCCUCGUCAUUGCUACGAUUGCUGUAGCGCUCACACCUUUCUGCAGUUCUUACGCGUCAUUCGUUGCCGUCGCCAUUGCCUUUGGUAUUGCUAUCUCUGGUUACAUCUCGCUGACAUCUAUUAUCCUGGUGGAUCUCCUCGGGCUGGACAAGUUGACUAACGCGUUCGGCCUCCUCAUACUGUUCCGUGGCGCGGCCGCUAUAAUUGGAUCUCCGCUGGCCGGCGCAGUGUAUGACGCGACAAAGAACUACGACGCGUCCUUCUAUAUGGCGGCCGCGUUCUUCCUCGCUUCCACACUUACGUCUUUCGCCGCGCCGAUGUUUAGACGCAAAGAAGAAGAGAUCCAUCAACCAAUAGACGUACUGACCCCCAUCGACGAGGACCUCGAGGAGGACGACCCGGACGACACGCCCAUCACCAUGGGCGCGCGCCUCGCGUCGCCGCCCGCCAUCACGCGCACCGCCGCCUCGCCCUCCGACCCGCCGUCGCCGCCCUCGCCGCCCGAGCCGCCCGAGCUCUCGCAGCGGGAGAGCGUGCUG